UCCAAAAUGGCUGUCGACGAGUUGGGAGAGCCAAUGCAGCCAGGCCACUCCAAUCAAGGAGUUGGAAGCACCAACACUUUGUCAAUGAGGGAAAAGUCACAUAUGAAAAGAAGAGUGAACAAGGAGCACAAUAGCAACUUCCGUGCUGGCUAUAUCAAUAUCAAUGAGGAAUACCUACACAAGACAGGAAUACGGGGAAGAAAACGCUACUUCCUCUACUGCUUUGUUGGUUUCCUGGUGUUCCUUGCUUUGGUCAAUGCCUUGGUUACAGCGUGGCUGAUUUACAAGUUCAGGAUUUAUCAUGUUGGGAUGAAGCCAUUGGAAUUUGUGUCUGACAUGAAUAUGCUACGUUUCUUGGAAGAGUCUGAAGUCCAAAUCAUCAAAAUGUCCAAUGCAAGGCUGGGCGGUCGGUAUGAAAAGGAUCUGAGCAUGAUUUCUAAAAAUUCCACAAUGUUCAUUGGUGCAGAGAACAUGCGGGGAUCAGUCUUGAAGCUGAAAAAUGGCCUGUUCCGGGUAUCAAGUGAUAACUUCCUCGUCAAGGACAAAAACACAGGUGACACUUUGCUGCAGACAGGAAUUGAACAGGUGGAGGUUCCUUUGAGACAUGCCAAGAAUCUCCAUGCACUCACAGUCCAAGUUGGGAAGCUUAAAAGUCGAAAAGGCUACCCGGAUAUAGUGUUUGAGUCCCAGAAACAGAUCAAGGUGGUUGGAUCCGAGGGGGUGCAGGUGGAGAGCGGCAAGAGCGUCUCUAUCGAACCCUCGAACUCUGUGAAACUCAACGCAUCAGAGGGCUCUAUUCACUUUGAUUUUGGGAGCAACAUCUAUCUGAACCAGAGUUUGCCAAGACUGUCACCUGGGUACCAGAUUGACCCCAAUCUUAUCAUCUACAAACUCUGUGUUUGUUCUGACAGUGGGAGAGUGUUUCGUGUUCCGAUCACCGGAUCCAACUCGGGUUGUAAUACAUUGAAUGAAAGUCAGAACCCAUGUGACUUAUAACCUGUGCUUGUCCACAAGCCUCCAUGUAUUGGGAGAGAAGCCUUAUUUAACCUUAAUCAUGGCUGUUGGUAUGUAGACAUUGAACUAUGCAAAUGUGAUACUGAUAUAAACUUUGUCACUUUAAUAAGCUCUGACAAAUAUGUUCAGCUUCAGCCUCUGAAAUAAGAUGCUUAGAGGUGCUAAUGGACGAAGGGUAAUUUGAUUUUGAAGUUAGUUGAAAUGGUAUGACAAGAUAUUGACAAAUCUAUAAAUCUCAGUGGACUGUCAUAAUUUUGUAAAAGAUAAUGCAAGAUGGGGUUUGCACUGCUGGAAAUAUGGCCUUACAUGAUUGUGAUUAGCUAUACCAUGGGAAGCUGUCAUUA